AUGCUUCGCCGCGCUAUCCUACCUCUGGCGAGGCCAAACGCCCUUGCCUCCGCCCCUCGGUUAUCAGCACUUCCGAUCUCUCAUUCUCGAUGGUACGCGAAGAACACAAAGAACAAGGCACCCUAUAAGCUCCCAGAUUCCGUCAAGGCCUCAAAGCCUGCACAGCCUGCCAAGUCGUCUCAACAAGAGCAGUAUGCCGCUGAGCAAGCUGAGUUUGAGACGAAAGCAGAUCCUCAAGUAAACACAGCAAACACGACAUCACAAGCUUCCGAGACACCGGAAUCUUCCCCGACACCGCCUGAACAAGAUGUAUCAGAAAAACCACUACCGGAUCUUACACAGGGUAUCCCUUCUACCCUCUUCGCAGAAUUAGAAGCUCGCUCUAAGAAGCGCGAACCUGGAUCUUUAAACCUCACGGAGGACCCUUCGCGCUUCGAAGAAGAAUAUAAUGACGACGGCCGUGGGGAUAUCCCAAAGGGAGGGUAUGAAUCGUCUCUCGACCGCAAGCGCGCCCGCAUGGCCAACUUGAUGUAUGCCCUUUUCUUGUUCGGAAGCGUUGGUGGUAUGGCCUACCUGGGACGCAACUGGGAUACAGCAGAGGAGGAGAAGCAGCACACCGAUGCCCCGUCAGGAUGGGCCUUUGGUCUUUGGUACAACCGCGUCAAGGCUCGCCUCGGCGAUAUUACAAGUUACUACAAAGACCCCGCGUUCCCCAGGUUGCUCCCCGAUGAGGACCCCAACCUGCGUCAACCCUACACCUUGGUACUCAGUCUGGAAGAUUUGCUCGUCCACAGCGAGUGGAGCCGUGAACAUGGGUGGCGGGUUGCCAAACGACCUGGAGUCGACUACUUCCUUCGCUAUCUCAACCAGUACUACGAACUUGUUCUCUUCACCAGUGUUCCCAGCAUGAUGGCCGACCAGGUCCUUCGCAAGCUUGAUCCUUACCGCAUCAUUCGCUGGCCAUUGUUCAGGGAGGCUACUCGCUACAAGGACGGAGAGUACAUCAAGGACCUUUCUUACCUCAACCGUGAUUUGUCCAAGGUCAUUCUCAUCGAUACUAAAGAAGAGCAUGCCCGUCUGCAACCAGAGAACGCUGUUAUUCUCGACAAGUGGGACGGUAACCCCAAGGACAAGACCCUGGUCGCGCUAAUUCCAUUCCUCGAGUAUAUCGCUGGUAUGGGCGUUGAAGAUGUCCGCCCUAUCAUCAAGUCGUUCGAGGGCCAGUCAAUCCCGAUUGAGUUUGCCAAGCGUGAGAAGGCUAUGCGCGAACGAUUCGAGAAAGAACUCGCCGAAGAGCAGAAGAAGCGACCUAGGAGGAGCGUGGGCAGCCUUGCCUCAGCUCUUGGGCUGAAGUCUAACCGCACCCUGGAUGGUGAGCAGUCACCCUCUGAGGGCCUGCAGGAGGGCAAGAUGCUCUGGGACCAGAUCCGUGAACGCGGCCAGAAGAACUAUGAGAUGAUUGAAAAGGAGAUUCGCGAAAACGGCGAGAAGUGGCUGGCCGAGAUGGCUGCUGAAGAGGAGAAGCUCCGACAGGAGCAGAUGGAGAGCAUGAAGGGCUCCUUUACCGGUUUCUUCGGUGGCGGCAAGAAGGAGUAA